AUGGUUGUAGCUCGUCAAGAACCUCCUUGGGCGGCGCGUAGCUCUUACUUUGCGUCGUUGUACUCCGCUCAACAAGCUGCGCAGACAGCCUCUCCACAAGUGGAUGAUGAUGACCAGGACAACAGCGGCCAGCAAUUCAGUAACAGUGGCUACGACGACCAGACUGGAUCAGCAUUUUCAACGGCGACUGAUCUUGCUUUCGGAGCCACGACAGCGACAUUGGAAGAUGGUGCGACCUCAACGACAAUGACAAGUACUUCUGACCCAGUUGCUCAGUCACUGACGAGCGAUGGAGUCCUCACACCCGGAUCCACACUGCAAACCACUGCCACGCCAAGUAUGACGACCAGUAUAUCGUGGGCGCAACCAGCAUGGCAAUCUGGCUGGCAUUCGUACGCUCCGUCGUAUACCAACACAGCCACGGCCUCUGAGACUAGCCCUGCAAGCCUGACUCCCGGCCUGAACAUUCAAAACAAAGCUCAUCAUGGUCCAAACACGACUCUAAUCGCCGGCGUUGUUGUUCCAAUAGUGAUUAUAUUGGCAGGUGGUCUCGUGGCCUUGACUUGUCUGCGCAGACGACGAAAGCGUGCUACUGUCACCCACAACGAAGAUGCCUCCGUCAUCGACGCGGCGGCACCGGUUUCGAUGGUAGAGAAGGUAGCGGGAAAGAAACCCAGUACCGAUGUUCAUCGUCCAAAUCAGACGACCGUGUUGUCGCCGAUUGAUGAGGCAAUGGCAGCCCCUCAGCUUCCUCAGCUGGUGAUCACUUCAUCUCAAAAUGCAACUUACUUUACUGGUCUGGACACUUUCUCUGUGCACUCAGCAGCCACGACCGAAGACCCUCCACCACCUUACCGAGCACGAAGUAUGUUGAGCCAUACAUCAUCCGAACGACGUCAGCCCAGUAUAGUCACACAGAGCGCAGCUCUCGCACCAAUCUCGCCGGUAUCGCCAGUAUCGCCGAUUUCUCCUGUGGCUCACCUCGCCUCACCUUUCUCCGACGCCAAUGCGAUAGCUGUUGCUAGGUCACCCUCUCAAAGGUCGUUCGCCAGUACAUUGUAUUCAAGCAAUGCUAGCGUCUAUGAGGCACGACCUGCCCGGCGAAGCACGGGGCCUGCGGAGUAUGUUGUCAGCCGGAGGUUGUCAACUGAUGAUCAGAUCCGAGUAAGAUCGCCAUUUGAGGAUCCGGAGGAUGAGUUUGUUGGCGAACGACGCGAGAGAUUUUGA